UUCCAUUCUCAAGCUUCCUUGUCCUUUAAUUCUAUCAUAUAUCAGCUGAUCAUGGUCAUAUCAGCUUCAUCACCAUGAUGAUUGAUGAUGGUGAUCAUCAUGAUCAUCUUAUUACUAUAUUUUUCCACAAACCUCUCUCAACCACACAUAAAUAAUAUGCUGUAAUAAAGUAAGUCCACCUUUCAUAUGCAAUAAAGCUUAUCUUGUUCUAAACACGAUUCAUAAAUUUCUCUGCUAGCAAGCAUAUAUAUAUAUAUAUAUAUAUAUAUUACAAGUACUUUUCACCAUAUACUUUGUACAUAUUUUUUUUAGAGAGAGAUUUUUCACAGAUUUAAAAUUUUCCAAAAACAUGGAGGUGGGAGCUGAAUAUUCCCACGAUGAUAAUAAUUUCCGAGACGCCUCUUUUUCUUAUCUGAGGGAAGAAAGCUUAGUUCAAAAAAGUAUGAUGAACAAGAACAGGAAGAGUAGCAGCACUACUGAUCAUCGCCAAGAAGAAGGAGAAAUCUGCGUGUUUGGUGCCGAAAGAUACUUCAAUACGCCACUCGAGGACGCUAAAACUAGUAAUAGUAAUCUCAAUAUUAAAAGCCGUCGAUCAUCGUCGUCGUCAAUCACGAGAGAGAAUCACCAUCAUCAUCAAUACGGCGGCGAAAGACCGGGAGUAGCAUUAGCACCAGCAACUCCGAGUGCCUAUUCGGAGGCGAGUACUUGGACUAGUAGAUCAACUGCUUUCUUAUUAAGAAACUCAUCUCGUCAUCACAACAACAACAAUGAGAAGAAGAAGAAGAAGAAGACGAAGAGAAUCAAUGACUAUGGGAAGAGCAUUUUCGCCACUCUCAGCUGCAUUGGAUCUUGUUCAGGCGAGAAAUCUGUUUAUGUUGAUCACCAUCAUGAUCUUGAUCGUGAUCAUUAUAAUCAUCAUGAUGAUCAUCAUAAAGAGCUCGGCAGUAUUAGAGAAGUAGCGGCAUCCAAAUCAGAUCACCAUGACUACAAUCAUGAUGGUGGUACUACUACUGCUGUUGAAAGAUCAUCAAAAAGAUCAGAAGAUCAAUUUGCUUUUCCAAUUCUGAGUAGCAAUAAUGAUAAAGAAAAUACUAAUAAUAAGGUCAUUCUCGAUCCAGAAGGAGAAGAGCCAAACCGGGUGUCGUUGGAGGUGUUUGGGUCCAAAACGACAACUUCCAAAGGAAGAGCUCACGAUGAUGAUGACGUGGCGACCAACCUGGAGAGAAAGCUCUCUGUCUUAACAUGGGACGCUAUUCCGGUCAAACCAGGCAACCACCACCACCACAAUAAUAAGCACAUUUCGUCAGUGUACAAUAUUGAAGACAGCAGUUAUAAUUUGGACAGUGAUGCCAGCUCUGAUCUUUUCGAGAUCGAGAACAUAACCGCCGCUAGCCGAUCACCGCCAUUGGAAACUCUAACGCCGCCGCCGCCGCCGCCGCCGUCUGUACUACUGUUAAAGCCAGCUAGUAGACAACGAUUAGGGACAAACGACAACAUGUCUCUGCAUACGACACCUAAUUACACCACCACCACCACCAACAACAACCAGAGCCAGUACUAUUCCAGUUACGAACCUAGUGAGGCCAGCAUUGAGUGGAGCGUGGUUUCGGCUAGCGCGGCGGCAGCCGAUCAAGUGAGCUCAGCCGUUUUGGGAUACGACGAAAAGAAACUCACCGCCGCCGCGAAGAGUAGAGCCACGGCUGGAGGUGGUGUAAAGUAUUAUAAAGCGGCAAGAAGGAGUAGUAGUAGCAGCGGCGGCUUCAAGGAAGGUAGAAGCCGUCAGAAUAAUGGUAUUUUGGGGUGUAAGAGUCGCACGGCGGUGAGAGUUGCUGAAACUGUGCACAGAAAUGUUAGUAGUAAUAAUUAAGUAAGGAAUCAAAUCAAGGUAAUUGAUUAAUCAAACGGUUGAUAAUAGUCCUUUCCGAGCUAUUAUUAUUAUUAAUUAAUUAAUGAUAUUAGCAUGCAGUGAGUUUUUCAUGUAUAAUUUUAAGCUAGAUAAGUUAAUAUUUUAAUUAAGCUGAAAAAAUUAUAUUAAUAUGUGUAUAUUGGUAUGGUUUGAUUCAAUUCAUUCAUAAUAAAUAUAUCUUUCAUGCGUUAAUAUAAAUAUAUAUUUUUUGGUUGUA